GUGAGUACUACUUACGUCAUGUCCAGUCCACUUCCAAUCCGCGUCGCUCAAGUAUAAAAACCCAGCAAACGUCAAAACGACGCACUCCAACUCCACCCAACGCAGAGCCAAUCUAGUCUCACCUUACAUACACAUUCGUCCCCAUAGAACCCACCACCACCCCACACUCCAUCCACCCUUACCAUGUCCCGCCUUCUCCUCCGCCCCGUUACAAUCCCCCUCCGCCAUCUCUCCACCACGCGCCCCCUGCUCGCCGCCGUAACGCCCACCCCACCCAAACCGACCCCCCCACCCCCCGCCGACAAACCACAAGACGAGUCCUGGAUCUACAGCAAGGAGAAGGACCCGAUGGCGAACAUGUCUGAGGAGGAGAAGGAUGAGAUUCGGCGGGAUGUGAGGAGGGAGAGUGCGAGGGCUUUCAGUGUGGGGUAUGCGAUUUUGGGUGGAGGGGUUUUGGCUGUGGGCGCGGCAACGUGGUUCAGCCUCGCCGACAAGAGACGCUAGACGUAUGCAUCGCGAACCAUACGGCGCAAUUGCACCCAAAACCCACAUUCAUCACCAUCGGCGAAGAACAAAAGGGUGGAUCUCACAAAGCGGUCCCCUACAA